AUGGCAUUCAUUUUUUUUUUUUACAUUCUAUAUCACCUGUAUAUUUUUCGAUCAUUGUUUUUGAAAAAAAAAAAAAAAAAAAAAAAAAAAAAAAAAAAAAAAAAAAAAUCAAAAAUUCAACACAAUCUUGAUCUAAUGUCACUCAAUAUUAGUAAUGAUAGCAGUGAUGAAGAUAUAAAUAAAAAUAAUUUUGAAAAUAGUGACGAUGAAGAUGUUGUAUACAGUGAUAAUGAAGGUGAAGAACAUGAUAUAAUUGAACCACCAAAUUUUUAUGAAAAUAUAGAAAAAGAGAAACAACAACAUCAAGAUAAAAUACCAACAUCAUCAAUAUCACCAACAUCAUCAAUAUCACCAACAUAUAAUAAUAGUAAUAACAGUAAUAAUAAUAGUAAUAAUAAUAAUAAUAAUAAUAAUAAAAUAAAUGAUGAUUAUUAUUUAAAUUUAGUUAGAUUAAUUAGACCAAAUCGUCAAAGUAUACAAAAAUCAAUGAAUAUAAUUGUGAAUAUAUUACCAUGGAUUAAUGAGCCACAAGAUGUAUUCAUUGUGAAUCAAGAUAUACAAAUUGGUGAUUUAACAGUUUUCUUUAAAGAAAAAGGAUCAAGAUUAAAACUCAGAGAAUUAACAAAUUAUAGUUUACAUAGAAUCAUUAAAAAACAAUAUACAAAUAUAAAUUCAACAAAUUCAAUUCAAAAGAAAUUAUUAUUAUCAAAUGAUCAACCUGUUAAAACUUAUAAUUUACAAUCAAAUGAAUCAUUAGAAUUAAUACCAAAUUAUAUAGUUAAUGCAAAUCAUUAUAGUACAAGUCCAAAUAGUAAUAGUAGUAAUAAUAAUAAUAAUAAUAACACAAAUUAUAAUAUUAAUAAUUCAACACCAAAAACAUUACCAAGAUGGUUUUAUAAAGUAAUUAUACCAUCAAUUGAAUUGGAGGGUAUAUUAAAAGAUUUAAAUUCACAUUUAACUGAUAAUUGUAAUAAUAAUUGUAUAAAUAAUAAUAAUAAUAAUAGUAAUAAUAAUAACACUAAUAACACUAAUAAUAAUAAUAAUAAUGGUAUUUUAAGUAGUUCACCAUCUAAUCAUAAUCAUAAUCAUAAUCAUCACUUUUUAGAUGGUGGAGGUAAAAGAAAGCCUCAAUUUGACCCAUUUCAAGCACUAUCAUCUAGAAAUACCGCAAAUAUUCAUGAUAUAAUUCAAAAUAUUAAAUCAAAUAAAUUAAUAACAAUUGAUAGUCCAAAAAGAGCUUUAUCAACAAGUAAUGGUGCUUCUUCUUCUUCCAAUUCUUCUUCCAAUUCUAAUAAUAUAGAAUUACAAAAUAAUGGUAAUAAUUGGAAUUUUACAAUACCAAGUUCAAUUGAUUUACCAGAGAAACAUCAUCAACAAGGUAAUUGGUACCAAGCAAGAAGAGUUUAUGAUGUUAUUCAAAAGAUUGAAUUAGAAUUUCCAUACGUUUUAGAUACAAGAACAAUUGAUUCAUCCAUUCAACCAGAGGAUAAAUGGGAAGCUAGAAUUAAUUCAUCAGAUGAAACUUUUAUAAAAACAUUAACAAUGCAAGAUAGUUUAGGUUCAGAGUUAAGUAAACAAGAAUACAUUGAAUUUUCAUUACGUUUUGAAAAUAGAACUUGUUUAUUAAUUGGUAUAGAAUAUAGUUUCACAAUUUGGUUAGAUCCAAUUCAAUCAUUUUUCACUUUAUCUUGUUCACAAAAUACAACUGUUAGAGAUGCUGUUUAUUUCAUACUUCAAUAUCUUUUCCCAUUAAAUUCAUCAUCAUCAUCAUCAUCAUCAAAUAAUAAUAAUAAUAAUAACCCAUUAAAUAAUAGUAAAGGUGGUGAUUAUGAUGUUGAAACUUUUAUGACUAUGAUACCAUAUUAUGGAUUAUAUUUACAAGAAUCUAAAAAUACAAGUACAAAGUUAAUACCAUUACAACAUAAACAAUCAUUAUUGAGUUGUAAUCCGAAAUUAAAUGAAUCUAUAUUCGUUUUUAAGAAAAAGAAGAAUUUAUUAUCAAAAUCAUUUGAUCAAUUAGUUUUAACAAAACAAAAACAACAACAACAAGCAACAACAGCAACAAGUGGUAGUGGUAGUUGUAGUAAUGGUAGUAAUAGUAGUGGUAAUAUUGGUCAGUUAUUAGAUGAAGAUGAAGGAUAUAAUCUUACAGUACUUUUUCCAACUAAAAAUACAUAUAGACAAUUUCAUUUCAUUCCAACUAGAACUGUUAAUGAAACUAUUAAAUCCAUUCUAGAUGUAACUGCACCACCUCCACCUUCUUCACCAAUUUUAACAUCAUCGUCACCAUCAUCACCAUCACCAUCACCAUCAUCACCAUCACCUUCAACAACUAAUAGUACAAUAUCAGUAUCAACAACUGCCACUAACAAUACAUCUGAUUUUAUAUCAAUUGCAAGUAAUUGUGGUAGUAAUGAAGUUUCAAUUGAAGAUUUUAAAUUUGAAUAUUUACCAUACACUUCUUCAUUCCACAAUAAUAAUAAUAAUAAUAAUAAUAAUUUAUUACAACCAUCAUUACCAACUUCUUUUUCACCAAUUUUAUCAACAAAUGGUAAUGAAUUAAAUAAUAAUAAUAAUAAUAAUAAUAAUAAUAAUAAUAAUAAUCAAAAUAAUAAUAACAAUAAUAAUGAACAUCAAUUAAUUCAACAACAACAAAGAUCAAAUUUUAUAUUUGAUAAUCAAUAUGAAGCAUCAAGAUAUUGUUUAUAUUUUCAAAAGAAUGGAUCAGGUGUUUGGAUGGAAGGUAAUAGAACAUUGAUAUCCUAUAAUUUACCAAAUGAAACUGUUGUUGAUUUUAAACCACCACCUUCAAUUUGUAAAUUAUCAUUGAUAGAGGGUAUUUGUCAUUGUGUAAGAUUAUAUUGUAAAUCAAAUGUUUACACGGUUACAGUUGGUAAAUAUACAACCAUACCAGAGUUGGAAGAUUUAAUAUGUAGAAAUAUUAAAACUUUAACAAAGAGAGAAUCGGAAAUAUUUGGUUUAUUCUUAAUUAAAUUUGAUAAAACUACUGGUAGAAGAAUUGAAAUUUGUUUAUCUUCUUAUUUAAAUUUUCAAGAAUUACCUAAUAAUAAUAAUAAUAUUUAUAAUAAUAUAAAUAAUAUUGAUGAUAGUAAUAAUAAUAAUAAUAGUAGUUUAGAUAAUGAUAAUAAUUCAUUAUGGUUUGGUGUUGAUGAUUAUUUUGAAUUUAAAGAGAGUACAGAGGCAAAUAUUGAUAGUGUUGCUGCAAUGGCAUUUGCAUCAAUGAAAGAUCCACCUUUAAUACCUGGUGAAGUUUUAUCAAUUAGAAGAGAAGGUUCAAGAGUUGUAAAUGGUAAUGGUAGUGGUAACAGUAAUGGUAGUAGAAAUAGUAAUAGUGGUAGUAGUAAUAGUGGUGGUGGUGGUAAUGAUGAUAGUGAAUCAACAAAUAAUAAUAAUAGUAAUAAUAAUGGUGGUGGUAGUAAUGGUAGUAAUGGUAGUUUAACAACAAUGAAACAAGGUAUAUUUAUGUUAACAAAUUAUAGAUUAAUAUUUCAUGCAUUGAAUAGAUCAUCUUAUUCAGAUUUAACUAAAGAAGAUUGUGAAAUACCAUUGACAACAAUUUCAAAAUGUAAGAAUAAAGAUGUGAAUACAAUAGAGAUACAAUGUAAAGAUUUUAAAGUAGUACAAUUCUUUUGUUUAGAUAGUAAUCUUUGGAGUACUCUAAGGUCGACCAUACUUCAAACUAAUGCAAUCACAAGAACAUUUGCUUUUAAAAACUUUGAACUCUAUGAUAAAUCAUUUGAUGUGAUUUACAAUUGUCAAGAGGAAUUCGAGAGAUUACAAUUUCCAAGAGAUAAAUGGAGAAUUACAACUUUGAAUUCAGAUUAUUCAUUAUGCCCAACUUAUCCAUCACAAUUUAUAGUGCCAGUCAAUGUUAGUGAUGAACAAUUGAAAAAGGUAUCAGGUUUUAGAGAAAAAGGUAGAGUGCCUGCAAUUUGUUGGAUUCAUAGAAGUCAUAAUUCAACAAUCACACGUUGUAGUCAACCUAGAGUUGGUUUAGCUAGAGCACGUUGUUCAGAAGAUGAAGAAUAUUUAAAUAUCAUCACAAAGAGUACAAAUUAUACCACAAAUUCACCAAUACUCUAUGUAAUGGAUUCUCGUCCAAUGGCAAAUGCAAAGGCAAACGCUUUAUUGGGUAAAGGUCAUGAGAAUACAAGUCUUUAUCAAAAUGUUGAAUUACGAUUCCUUGGCAUUGGUAAUAUUCAUGUUAUGAGGGAUUCCUAUAGAAAGUUGUACAAUCUAGUUCAAAAUGCAGAAUCGUCAAAUUGGUUAUCUCAAAUGGAUAGCACUCAAUGGUUGGAUCAUAUCUAUCAAUUGAUAAACUCCUCAUUGAUGGUGGUGGAAUUGGUCGAUAAAAAAGGCUCAUCCGUUCUAACUCAUUGUAGUGAUGGGUGGGAUAGAACCAGUCAAUUGGUAUCAUUGUCUCAACUAUUGCUAGACCCAUUCUAUCGUACUAUAAAAGGAUUCGAAAUUUUAAUCGAAAAAGAAUGGUUAAGCUUUGGUCACCUUUUCCAAUCUCGUUCUGCUCAUUUCCAAACUGAACAUAGUGAUGAUGAAUUCUCUCCAAUCUUUUUAUUGUUUAUUGAUGCUGUUUGGCAAUUAACCAAUCUAUUACCAACCACUUUUCAAUUCAAUGAAAGAUUUUUAAUUAAGAUAUUGGAUUCAGUUUAUAAUUGUCGUUAUAAACAGUUCCUUUUCAAUAAUGAAAAAGAUAGAUUAUCCUAUCAAAAGAAUUAUCCAAAUGGUUUAGUUUCGCUUUGGUCUGUAGUCAAUUCAAACCUAGAAGAUCAUGUCAAUAGCUUUUACAUUGCAGAUCCAAAACCAAUCUAUGAGAAUUUCUUUAUGGGUGAUAUUCAAUUUUGGUCAAAUUACUAUAUGCGAUGGAACGAAAAAUUUAAACCAAAAAUUCAAUUGGAUAAUAAUAUAAUUAGAGAAAUUGAAAAAAUGUUAAAACAACAACAACAACAACAAUUACAACAACAAUAUCAACAACAUUUACAACAAUUACAACAACAACAACAACAACAACAACAACAACAACAACAACAACAACAACAACAACAACAACAACAACAACAACAACAACAACAACAACAACAACAACAACAACAACAACAACAACAACAACAACAACAACAACAACAACAACAACAACAACAACAACAACAACAACAACAAUUACAACAACAUAAAAAAUAA